CAAGACACCCUUUAAAAAUUCUAAGAAUACUUUGCUCCUUGAAAGCACACCAACAAAGACUUGAAGACUGGUUCAGUACUUCUGUACAUUCAGAUCACUGAGCAUUUAUUAGACAUCAUUUCAUACUUGUAAAAUAAAGAUUUAUUAAUGAGAAAUGUCUUGAAAUAUUUUAGCAGGUAUGUAAGCUAUGUCAGCAAAUAGUUUGUAUCUUCUUUUUUUUUAUCUCAUAGCCUGCACUAAAGCUCAAUGUUGGCUUUAUGCUUCAUCCUUUUCAUCGAGCAGCUUGCCACUGGACGUGUGCAAUAAAAACUAUUCGCUUUUCAUUGUGUUAAAAAUACUCAUUUGUAAAAUACAAAUUAACCCUAACAUGUGAUAUCAUGCCACUGACUCACCGCUUCUAUUAGCGUAACCCUAAGAUAGGUAGCCUGUUACAUAAGUCAUAAAUGUCCAUUAAAGUGAGUAAAUUGCCUGUGUGGUGGCUCACUGCGUAUGUCAUCUUAUCCACUUGGGUGCGCAUCUAAACGCCACACAGCGUCGCUAGAACAAGUGUCCAUCCCUCUUCAACAUCCUGCCCUCCAUGCAGCGUCCUGAUGGGAAGGUAAUGUGCUAGAUAGAUUUUUUUUUUUUUUUUUUUUUUUUGGUUUGUUCCAGAGCUGGCGCACAGCUGCUGCUUCUUUAAGAGCCACCGCCCGCCCCCUCUUCUGUAUUUUUAGCUGAGCCAGCUUCUUCAUUUGCUGGAUAAGACAGUUGUGUACCGUAUGAUCGUACUAAAUCGUUUUAAUAGAUUACAUCAAAUCGCAUCCUGCGGAUUUGUCGUGGGCCUACAGCCAGCUGUUUCCUGGAAAUAUCACAGGACAUCAUUUUGCCCCGUCGCUGUUGGAUGCUGAAACGCGCAGUCACCCUCUGGAUGCUUGAUGUCCGUUAUGACACGCAGUGCUGCACCGGGUACAGAAUAUGAAGCGCAGUGCUUCCUGAGAUCAAAUGAAUUAAGAAGAAAUCGAUUUCGCUUGUAAAUCUUUCACGGUGCAGAGCACUGGUCCAGCAUCAUUCUCCUGAGCCCCUCUGCUUCCUCUUCUCUUGGACUGGGCAUAAGAAAAAGCUUUCAAGACGGAGGGGGUGGUGGAGCAUCGAGGCAAAAAUAGGGGCAAUAUGAAAGAGCGGGACUUCAUGCCCAAUAUGGAGAGGGGCAAACCUGCUACUUACACAGGGGACAAAAAGGCUAAGAUGGCUGCUAAGACUAACAAGAAGUGGGUGAGACUAGCCACUGUUUUUGCAUAUGUGUUGUCGGUGUCCUUAGCAGCCAUUAUCCUGGCUAUUUACUACAGCCUAAUCUGGAAACCAACCAGUUCAUCCUCCUCUGCUGGGAAGCCUGGGGUGACUGAUGGGGUCACCCCCACCGCGAACAUCUCAACUGAUACAAUUUCCAUAAACAACAAUGUCACAGAGUGGAACUCUACACAGACAAGACUGCUGUCUGUCAACCAAACCAGGCAGGGUACGACUCCACACAGUCAGGCGUUUCAGUGGGAUGACAGAGCCGAGAGAGCGUCCAUCUCCCCGCGCGGUGCAGGAGCAGAAACUGCGCACUCUCAGCAGGAGGAAGGACUGUACGCAUCUUCCCACGGUCACACAAGCGCGAAGAGAUCAAGCACUUUGGACAGCGAGACUCAUACGUCUCAACCCCGGGUGAGCCAGGACAUCCCUUCAAGCACCAGAGCGUCUGUUACAGCGCUGACCCAGGAGGAGGAGGAGGAGGAGAGACGAGGCGAUGCCGUGACAGACAAACGCGGCUCGGGGCAGGCGGCAGCGGAUGGAGAAACUCUUCCUCCGACCUGAAGAAUGAGCUCAUUUAACCUGAGAGGAGACUGAUCGGGCCUAAUCUCCAUCACUUUACAUCUUCUCUCACACCCAAAACGGACCCAAAAUGGAGUGUUUUACAUUCUCAGUUCCGCAGGUCGGGUAUAAUACACAGGUCUUCUGCUCAAAACAUUUUUUUUCCAGAGCCCUAUAUGGAUGCUGAACUGCACAUAUUAACCCAUGAAUUGCUUUUAUGACAGAACAGAUAGUUCAUUUCUUAAGACAACACUGUUUCCCCUGAACUAUGCGUUUUUUGUUUUAGGCCAUCUGUAUGCCUUAAAUCUAUGUGUGUCUAUUUUAUGUCAGACAACUUUUUGGGCCACCCAACCUGUGGACAAAACUGAUAUAAUGUGUUAAAUUAACAGGACAAAGGGCCAAAAGAUUUUUGGUUUUUCGGUACAUGUGCAUGUCUCACAUGCAUAUAGCUUCAAAUCACUGCCAUUUAUCGGCCAGUUUGAAUAACUAUUUUAUCAUAGGCUGUGUUUUCCUUGGUGGAUCAAGCCCUGGAUUUCCAUUAGAAGAACCUUAUUAAGCUAUGCUCAGGUACUGUAUGUGCAUAUAACCAUGUAAAUGUAAUGUGUAUUUGGUUAUGUACAUAUAGGAUAGGCAUACAUCUUUUGGCCUUGUUGAAUUUUUGAUGUACUUAGAUGAUUUUUAUUAAAGAUACAGUAUGUAUAAAAGGUAUAUAUCUCACAAGGUACAAAUAAACAUCCUUAGAAAAUGGUUCCCCUCUAUGGUUUUAUAUUAGAAUUAUGUAAAUCACUGACCCCCUUUAAAUUCUCUUGUAUGUUAAUAUUUUGUUUAUUCAGAGCCAUAACAAAGAUCUAAAUAAAUUUUAGGUUUUUCCUAAACAUCUUAAAUU